AUGACAGACCCAGAAGGAGUAAGCCAAGAUCAAAUACCGAACAAAUUUCACUUGGCCUUUGCUUUUGCAAUUGUGAAAUUGAAGCCACCAGAAAAACAGCUCAAGGAACAUAUCCUAGAAAUUCGAAAAUUCAUUCGAAAUGAUAUGAAAGCCAUCUCACCGGAAAGAUUCUUCGAUAGUGUUGCCUUCUGGCAGAGCGCAUACAAGGAUUCAGAGGCAGAGCAGACUAAGCUUCUCAACAGAAUAUUCGAAUUGGAGCAACGGUCUGAAGGCCUGAACUGCAAACUUAGACAGAGUCAGAUUGAUAUGAGUCCUGGUUUUAUUUCCACCAAACGGAAGCCUACAGGUACAACAGAAAGCUUGAAAGAUUCGGUGCGCCUAAGCAAGAGAGCACAGCAAGUCGACUUUAACACAAUCCAAACCAAAGAAAGCGACAAGAAUGGGGAUUCGGAGUGUCUAGAGAAUGAAAAUGGACCCAAGCUCAUGAGACAAAUAUACAACGUUCAACGCGCUAUCCGGAAAAAGCAAAACUACAAAGCAAUCACUAUAGGUGCCGUGUGCCUGUGCAAAAUUGCGAGAACCGAGAUCCUUGAAGCCAUCAUCUAUUUGAACUCAUCUGAAAAUCCACCCAAGCCCCAGAUAAUCCAGAAAAGCAAAAAGCGGGACAUGGCCAGCGUCGUGAAAGCCGUGGAACUGUCAUUUAAUCUGGCCAUUCAAGCCAUCCACAGGGUCAUAGGAUCCAAGGAUGAGCGAGGGCAUAAAGGCCAAAUUCUUUAUUAUGUUGUAUGUCUUUUCGAAGCAGUAAUGGUCGGACUGGCUCAGCAUUGUGCUGCUGUUUCAAGGGAAUCAGGCUCGACAGGAACGGUUUUGCAGGAGACUUCAAAUACAAACAAACCUAGAACACAAAAACCACGCAAAGCAGCAAGCAGAAAGCCAACUUUGCCCCCCAAAGCGAAGAAAGCAAGUAUGCAGAAUAAAGAUGCUCAGCAGUUGAUUGAUUUGCUAACUAAAAUGGCAUUGUCUCUUGACUUAUCCCGAAGCGUUGAUGAGGAGGUCAUGGAAGGAUUUCUUUUCAUUGCAAUUGACCGAGUGGGGAAAAUACUUGCGCUUUUUACUUUCGAGAAUCACCAAUUACCGUCUGAGGUUUGUCCAGAUUUACACCUACCGGAGGGGCUUAUAGCCAUGAAGGAGGAAGCCAUGACACCCCAAGCCGUACAACUUGAAGCCAAGUAUUUGAUUGCUUUUCUGGACCGAUUGUUGAAUCACGGCGUUUCUGAUACAGAGACAAUCCAAACUGAGUUCAUUCAAAAAAAGAAGGAGUGCUUCCAGAAAACCUUGGUACAGGCUGUCUUUGGCACUACCGAUCCGCUGUUUCAUCCAGGACUGACUCGCCCUGCCACUCCCCCAUCUUUAUCUUCUGCUGGCCGAGCACCAGGUCGCCAGGAAUUUUCUGAAUGGUUCACAGAAGAGUUGUGGCGCCUUGUUGGUUGGGAUGUGUUGAAUUCCGUUACACAACCGUUAUAA